AUCCAGCUUAUUCUCGGAAGCAUAUUGGAAUCAAAUGCUGACGUCAUCGUGAAUGCGGCUAACAGCAGAUUGCAGCAUAAUGGUGGCGUAGCGCAUGCUAUUUCAAUGGCUGCUGGUACAGAUGUUCAAGCUGAAUGUUCCAGUUAUGUAAAACAACAUGGAGAAGUUUCGACGAGUGACGUGUACAUAUCAGGACCUGGUAGACUCAAAUUUAAAGCCAUCAUUCAUGCAGUUGGACCAAUUUAUCGUGCCCAGACAAAUGCAAACACCUUGUUGUGCAACACUAUAAGCAACAUCAUGAAGUGUUGUGAAGGUCGGAAGUGGUCAAAUGUUGCCUUACCUGCUAUCAGCACUGGCAUUUUUAGCUUUCCU